CCGUCGUGGGGAUGUCGCGGGGCUCGCGGGUGGCCCUGGGCCUGUCGCUGCUGCUGACCUCGGCCACGGUGGCCGGCGUGCACCUCAAGCAGCGGCUGGACCAGCAGAGGCUUCAUUCUGGUGUGAUCAGAGACAUCGAGAGACAGAAGCGGAAACAAGAGAACAUUCGUCUUUUGAGCGAACAGAUCACUUUGACGGAGCAACUUGAAGCAGAGAGAGAAAUGUCGUCAACCAAGGAGUCUCAAGAAACAUGA